AUGCUCUCUCUGCUGGUCUCCCGGCCUCCCUCGGCCGGCGUCGCUGCGUUGUCCGACCUGGUGGAUGGAGGGCUUGGGCUGCCGCGGCUUGGGUGUCUCCCGUCCCCGGCCUCUGAUGAUGUUGCUCCUGCCAGCGCCGCGCCGUCAACCCUGAUUGCUGCUGUGGGCGCGCCGUCCCCGACUCCUGCCGGCGCUAUUACGUCGUCCUUGGCUCCUGCAGAAGCCCCGCCACCCUCGGCUGCGACUGCUGAAGCGCCGUCCACGUCUCCUGCUGGCUCCGUCACAUCGUCCUCGACUCCUGUGAAAGCGAUGCCGUCCUCAACUCCUGUCGGCACGUCGCCGGAUCUGGGCACCAAGCAACCUGUUUCGUGGAGCUCUCUUACCAAAGACGAAGAAGGUGAAGAUGACGACGAGCUGGCCCCGCAGACACCGCCACCGGCUACCAAAUCCCCAGUUCCCCGCUUCCGGCUACUCGACCGGACAUGA